GCCCAUGAGCGCUCAGAGAGCGUGGAGGUGACCUUCGUCACGCAGCUGGUGAAGAAGCUGAUGAUCAUCAUCGCCAGGCCCGCUCGGCUCCUCGAGUGUCUGGAGUUUGAUCCUGAGGAGUUUUACCACCUGUUGGAGGCAGCUGAGGGUCACGCCAAGGAGGGUCAGGGCAUCAAGUCCGACAUCCCCCGGUACAUCAUCAGCCAGCUGGGCCUGACCAGAGACCCCCUGGAGGAAAUGACUCAGCUCAGCAGCUACGACAGCGGGAACCCAGAAACCCCUGAGACCGAUGAUACUGUUGAUAGCCAGAGUACAACGGUUCCUGCUUCCCCCCCACAGAUUAAAACCAAAACCCCUCGAGAGGAGGACUUUGAGACCAUCAAGCUGAUCAGUAACGGGGCCUACGGAGCCGUUUAUCUGGUUCGACAUAAAGAAACCAGACAACGAUUCGCCAUGAAGAAGAUCAACAAGCAGAACCUGAUCCUGAGGAACCAGAUCCAGCAGGCCUUCGUGGAGCGAGACAUCCUGACGUUUGCAGAGAACCCGUUUGUGGUCUCCAUGUUCUGCUCCUUCGAGACCAGGAGGCACCUGUGCAUGGUGAUGGAGUACGUGGAGGGUGGAGACUGUGCCACGCUGCUGAAGAACAUCGGAGCCCUGCCGGUGGACAUGGCUCGUAUGUACUUUGCUGAGACGGUCCUGGCUUUGGAAUAUCUUCACAACUACGGCAUCGUCCACCGAGACCUCAAACCUGACAAUCUCCUCAUCACAUCAUUGGGUCACAUCAAGCUGACGGACUUCGGCCUCUCUAAGAUCGGUCUGAUGAGUCUCACCACCAACCUGUACGAGGGACACAUCGAGAAAGACACCCGGGAGUUCCUGGACAAACAGGUGUGUGGUACACCAGAGUACAUUGCUCCAGAGGUGAUCCUGCGUCAGGGCUACGGGAAGCCGGUGGACUGGUGGGCCAUGGGGGUCAUCCUGUACGAGUUCCUGGUGGGCUGUGCUCCCUUCUUCGGGGACACACCGGAGGAACUGUUCGGUCAGGUGAUCAGUGAUGAGAUCAUCUGGCCUGAGGGGGAUGAAGCUCUGCCUCUGGACGCUCAGGACCUCAUCUCUAAGCUGCUCCGACAGAACCCUCUGGAACGACUCGGCACCGGAAGUGCCUUGGAGGUGAAGCAGCACCCGUUCUUCACAGAUCUGGACUGGAACAGUCUGCUGCGGCAGAAAGCAGAGUUCAUCCCUCAGCUGGAGUCUGAAGAAGACACCAGUUACUUCGACACUCGUUCGGAUCGGUACCACCACCUGGACUCAGAGGAAGAAGAGGACACCAACGACGAGGAACAUGUGGAGAUCCGACAGUUCUCCUCCUGCUCCCCUCGCUUCAGCAAGGUUUACAGCAGUAUGGAGCGUCUGUCUCUGCACGAGGACAAGAGGACUCCGCCCCCAACCAAACGCAGCCUCAGCGAGGAGGGGGGAGACCGCAUCGACAGUCUGAGUGGAUUCAAGUCCAGAGACCGGUCCUGGCUCGUCGGAUCUCCAGAGAUCCUGAGGAAGCGUUUGUCUGUGUCAGAGUCAUCCCACACAGAGAGCGACUCCAGCCCGCCGCUGACCGUCAGGAGGCGCUGCUGCUCCGCCAUCAUCGAGAUGCCUCGCUUCGCCAUCUCCUCUGAAGAGGAGGGAGGUCAAGGAGCCACUGGCAGCAGGAAGAGUCCUGGCCUUGUGAGAGGCCCGAGGAGCGAGGACCUCCCUCUGGCCAUUCCAGAGCUGCCGAUGGAGAGAGAGCAGAAGCUGGACGAGUCUCCCACCACCCCGAGCUCCACGAGCAGCCAGCAGAGCAAGACCACGCUCACACCGGGCAGCUCAGGCGACGUGUCUGAUCGAGGUAACGGUGGCAGCGGAGGCGUGGCCAAGCCUGACGACGUUUCUCCCUCCACUCCGAAGGCCAUCAGUGACCUGGCGGCUCGCAGGGCUCGCCACCGCCUGCUGUCCGGAGACACAGACAAACACACGAGCUCCAGCUCCAAACCGCUCAACAAGGUCAUCAAGUCGGCCUCGGCCACCACGCUGUCUCUGAUGAUCCCCGCAGAUCACCACGGAGCCUCCCCGCUGGCCAGUCCCAUGUCUCCCCACUCGCUGUCGUCCAAUCCGUCUUCGAGGGACUCCUCUCCGAGCCGGGACCUGUCCCCCGCCAUGACCAGCGUCAAACCCGCCAUCGUCAUCCACAGAGUGGGAAAGAAGUACGGCUUCACGCUCAGAGCCAUCCGGGUCUACAUGGGAGACUCGGACAUCUACACGGUCCACCACAUGGUCUGGCAUGUGGAGGAGGGUGGUCCAGCUCAUGAGGCGGGGCUUAGGGAGGGUGACCUCAUCACCCAUGUGAACGGUGAGCCAGUCCACGGUCUGGUCCACACCGAGGUGGUGGAGCUCAUCCUGAAGAGCGGAGCCAAAGUGUCCAUCUCUGCCACGCCGUUCGAAAACACAUCCAUCAAAAUCGGCCCCGCCCGCAAGACGAGCCACAAGUCCAAGAUGGCGAGACGCAACAAGAAGACCAAGAGCAAGGAGGGACAGGACAGCAAGAAGAGGACGUCUCUGUUCAGGAAGAUCACCAAGCAGGCGUCUCUCCUCCACACCAGCCGCAGUCUGUCCUCGUUGAACCGCUCCCUGUCCUCAGGGGAGAGCGGCCCCGGCUCACCCACCCACAACCUGUCCCCCCGCAGCCCCACGCAGGGCUACAGGUCCACCCCAGACUCCGCCCACUCAGUGGGAGGAAACUCGUCUCAGAGCAGCUCGCCCAGCUCCAGCGUCCCCAACUCUCCGGCGAGCUCCGGCCACAUCCGGCCCAGUUCCCUGCACGGCCUCGCCCCCAAGCUCCAGCGCCAGUACCGCUCCCCUCGCCGCAAAUCCGCCGGCAACAUCCCGCUCUCCCCACUGGCCCGCACGCCGUCCCCCACCCCCCAGAGCAGCUCUCCUCAGCGCUCGCCCUCGCCGCUGCCGGGCCACGCCCUGCCUCAGGCCUCCGCCGCUCAGUCCUUCCCCGUCAAGCUCCACUCGUCACCGCCUCUGGCCCGGCAGAUGUCCCGACCGAAGAGCGCCGAGCCGCCGCGGUCUCCGCUGCUCAAGAGGGUGCAGUCGGCCGAGAAGCUCGCCGCCUCGCUCUCUGGCUCCGCCUCCUCCCCUGCUGCAGGAGGGGGCGGGGCCGGGGCCACCCGCAAACACAGCCUGGACAUUUCUCAUUCUGAAUUUAAGAAAGACGUCCUGCAGAGGGAGCCGGGCUUACAGAGCCUGCAGGAGUCCACCAGUGAAGGUCAGCUGACAGUGGCGUGCAGCAAGGAGAAGAGCAGCCUGCACAAACACAUCUCCUCAAACAGGAAGCUAGGACGUCAGGAAGGGGACGGCGCCCUGGGCUCGGGGUCCGGACUUCUGGGUCUGGGUCCCGGGAAGAACAAACUGAAGGACAAACUGUCAGCGAUCCGUCAGGACCGGGCCGAGCGCCGCGAGUCUCUACAGAAACAGGACGCCAUCCAC